CUGCGCAGCCCCGGCAGCGGCCGCGGAGCCGCCGUUUUGUCCGCUGCGGCCGCCGUAGGCCCGGCGGCGCCGGGGCCCGGAAGGAUACGUGUGUUUCGGGAGGAAGGCGGAAGCGAUGGCGGCGGCCGAGGCCGAGUGGGAGCCGGCGGGGCUGCUUUCGGGCCCGGGGAGCGGCCUCGACUGGGAGGCGGUGCUGGGCGAGGAGCUGAGCGAGCUGCUGGGCGCUGCGGAGCCGCUGCGGGCCCCGCGAGUUGAGCCUGAGGAAAAUGAUCUCUACAACUUUCAUUUUGAUUUGGAUUUGAUGUCUUGGGACUCGGACCUUUGGAACAUUACAGGCCAUGCUUACACAGAUACAAGUGUGAAGACUGAACCCUUAUCACCAGCCACUUCAAAUUGUUCUGUCCCUUCUCCAUCGUCCGUGGACUCUCCGGUGCAGAAUGUGCCUGAUGAUGUGGACUUCAGCUGUAGCUCCCAGAUGUCUCCCAUCUCUCUCUAUGGCAAGAGCUGCAAAAGUCCUGCUUCCCCUGAAGGAGACGGAGGGAAGAAGCCUGCUGUCAAUGUUGCUUCUCGAUCUGCAAAUAAUUCUCCAAGGACCCUGAAAAAGUGUGGUCAGACAGCAUCCAGGCCUUUGAUACAACCCAAACCCCUGUUGCCUGCUGUACCUGAAGCUCAGACUAACAUUGGCAUCCCAGCUAAAACCAUCAUUAUUCAGACUCUUCCCACGCUUGUGCCACUGCCAAAGCAUCAGCCAGUCAUUAACAUCCAGCCAGCACCUCCUAAAGGUCAGUCAGUGGUGCUUCCCCAGGCCGCUGUGGUACAGCUCCAGGCUUCUGGGGUGCUUCCUGCCUCCCAGCCAGUCAUCACUGUCACUGGAGGGACCACACCACUUCACAAUCAUCAGGUGAAUGCGUUACCUCAAGCUGCUGGAAAUGGCUCGACAGGUGGCAAAAUACCAGUGACUAAGCCCUUGCUUCAAAGCACCACACCAACAAUGGGCCUGGAUGUCAAUGUCUUGAGAAGACAGCAGCGCAUGAUCAAAAACCGGGAGUCAGCCUUUCAGUCACGGAAGAAAAAGAAAGAAUACAUGUUGGGCCUGGAGGCAAGGCUGGAGGCAGCCUUGCUGGAGAAUGAGAAACUCAAGAAGGAAAACAGCACACUGAAGAGGCAGCUGGAUGAGGUAGUAUUGGAGAACCAGAAGCUCAAAGUAUCGUCUCCAAAGAGAAGGACCCUGUGUGUGAUGGUGAUACUGGCUUUCAUAAUGUUGAAUUAUGGUCCAUUGAGUGUAUUUGAAAAAGAUCCCAAUGGAGCUGAUUCCACUGCAAGUUCCAACCAUCGGACCAGGAAUCUUCUGGAGUUCUCAGCUCGCCAGGAAUCCAGCACAGCUCAGAAGUUACCUGGGGACAUCAUUCCUGAGAAGAGUAAUAGGUAUGAUCAUUCUGUAUCUGAUAACAAAGCACUGAUGAUAGUCUCAGAAGAACCACUGUUAUAUAUUUCACCACCACCACCCCCUUGUCGGCCCUUGAUCAACCGGACAGAGUCGCUCAGGCUGAAUCAUGAACUCCGAGGAUGGGUUCAUAGACAUGAAGUGGAACGCACAAGGUCUAGAAGGUUGUCAAAUAACCAACAGCAGAAAGCCAGGGUUAUGCAGAGCUCCCUCAGUGAGAAGGCAGAUUCCCAGCUAAUGGCCGUGCCUUACAGAGACACCAGCCUCAGCAGGAACUCAGGGAAUGAGCUGCAAGUGUAUUAUGCCUCUCCAAGCAGCUAUCAAGACUUUUUAGAAGCUAUUCGCAGAAGGGAAGAUACGUUCUACGUGGUGUCAUUUCGCAGAGACCACCUGUUAUUGCCAGCCACCAUGAAUAACAAGACCAGAAGACCAAAGAUGUCUAUAGUCUUGCCAGCUGUAAACAUCAGUGAGAAUGUGAUCAAUGGGCAGGACUAUGAGGUGAUGAUGCAGAUCGACUGCGAAGUGAUGGACACCAGGAUCCUCCACAUCAAAAGCUCAUCUGUCCCUCCAUCGCUCCGGGAGCAGCGCAGAGACCACACCAACACCUUCUACAGCGCGUCUCCCUCCGUCCCAGAGCCGCCCCACGCCCUGAGGGCCAUCGUCAAAUCCCUGCAGUAGCCACAGCCCCCGGCCCUGCUGCCACAGCAAGCCACUGGCAGGGCUCCUGGCACAUGGGCACAGCAAGGGCAGACUGGGGUGAUGCCCUGCUGCAGUCCUGCUGUCAGCAUCGGCAGCUGCUGCUGGGGCUGGCGCUGGAGGGGCCCGGGCCAUCCUUUCUACUUAUGCACUGUCCAAAAUUGGGUUGGGCUUUGGAUGUUUGAGGUGAGUUUUUGAUCUGUUAAACCUCAUCUCUUAAAGUGGGGUGCUGAGCACCGGGGCCCUGCCCACACACCCGUACUGGAGAGCAGGCUUCUCCUUGUGCACUCAUGGCAGCAGGAGGAAGCAGCUCCCAUCUCGCAGCAGCCCUGCACCCCAGCCCAGCCCCAGAGGGGCCAGUCCUCGUCACCCCAUGCACAAACCUGCCCCGAAUCCCUGGCCCCCGCCGCUGGGGAACCCUCACUUACAGCUGAAGCACUAGGAGCAGGAGGAGGUGUGGCCCUGAUGCUGGGGACACCUUCCUGGGGGCGUCCCGGGGUUGGACCCUGCCAGGAGGUUCCAACAGACACUCGUACACACUGCUGCUGUCUUCCCCAGCUCACCAGGCAAAAGGCCGGGGCUUGGCCCAGGCCCAACAUCUCAGUGCAGCACAUGCAUUUCUAAACACUGUACUGCUGGGUUUUCCUUUUUUCCCCUUAUUUUUGUUGUAGUGGGGGCUUUUUUUCCCCUGGUUUUUUGUUUGGAGUGGGGGGGGUUGUGAUAUUUAAUGCUUUUCAUACCUAACAGCCCUCAGAGCAGCACUAGUGCUGCCGAAACAGAAGAGCUGCUUCAGUUCCAUGGGACACAGCCACAGCACCUUCCUUCACCCACACAGGUACACACACCCCUCCUCUGCCUUGCCAGCCCUGCCAGCCACCCCCCACUCAGGGGAACGUGCCAUUUGCCCCAGAGCUGAGCUGCUCAUCACAGCUGCAGCCCUCAGGGAGCUCCUGCAGAGCUGCCCUAGGCCUGGGCUGCAGGUGGGUGAGGGGCUCAGCUGGGAUGAGGUGCCAGCAGAGCAUCGGCCUUUCCUAAUGACUUCAGCACCUUACAUUACUCUUUUUUUUGCCCUUUGCAAUUAGCCCAGAAGAUGGGCCUCAGUUCACCAGCCAGCUGCCUUUCCUUCCCUGACUGACCCACUGGCUGCCUGAUGUGGUUUCUUUAAUUGUGAUUAUUAUUUGUGCGAAUGGCUGUUGGGAAACAAAGGCUGAUCCUGCAAGUAAGACAAACAGCUCGGGGCAGGCGAGGAGGAGGCUGAGGAGCAAUACAUGCCUGUAGAAGUAUGUGCCUUGCAACACUGUGGAAAAGCUUUGCCCUUUGCCACGUAGUCAGCGAGCUGCACAGGCCCCCUCAUCCCCUCGGCGCUCGCGCUGCUGGGAAGCAGCCGGGCUGGGUCAGGGCUUUGGCUCUGCUCCUUGCACCAGUUCCUUUCCCUGGCCCCGGCCCUGCCUGACUGUGGGCCAACUCACACAAUAGGCAAAAAUAAAACACCCCAGCAGUGCCUCAGUCAGACACAUGCAGCUCCCACACAGCCCCGGGCAGGGCAGCCACUGCUCUGGGUGGGUGAGGAGGGGGUGGAAUUGCAGGGGGAGCUGGGUGAGGGGCCUGGGGCUGGUGGCUGAGCUUUCACACAGCGUGGCAUGUUGGAAAGAGCUGCUGGGGGCAUGGGGACUGCUGUGGCACUACAUCCUCAGACAGCACCUGUGGGCUUCAGUGGUGGAGAGCACCCCAUCCCAUCUAGUUUUGUCCCUGUGUCCCUAGCACUGAAGGCAAUAAAAUGGUUCUUUUAUUUAUUAUCAUUAUAA